AUGGCCUUUUCUCGAUUUCAGACUGGACUGCUGCUACUCGUUGCAGUUUUCUUCAUUUCUUUCUCAACCAGUAUUUCUCUUAUAUCUAAAUAUGAGCGACUAUGUCAGAAUAAAAAGUUUGCUCUGAUAUUUGGCAGUCGCUGCGACAAGCACAUUAGAACUGUCGUCGACUGUGAGGUAAGUGAAUGGUCACCGUGGAAAUUAGUCGGUCAAUGUCAGGAAAGGAGGCAAAGAGGUAUCACUAAAUUGUCUCGAAAUGGAGGAACCGCAUGUCCCAACUUGACAGAAACGGCUACAACGUGUAAUUUGACUUCCUUUGUUGAAAGAGCACGGUUGGCACUGACAGUUCUUAAAAGAGGUUUAGGAGGCUUUGGAGGUAUUGGAACCGCUGUGCCAGUCCGCACAGUCCCCUUCCUCGUUGCUGCUGCAGAAAAGUCUAUCUAUAAUCGUACUGCAUUACGUACCAAGCGUCAAUCGGCGCUUGCUUGUCCUCCUGACAGAGACAUUGUUCUCGUUGUGGACAGUUCAGAAAGUGUCGGACGCGAUAAAUUUCACAAGGCUCUUGACGACCUCAGUCGUCUCAUUCCUUAUCUUUGCGGCUUUCAGCCUGAAUUAAUCACUGACUGCCGAUCAGUGCGUCUGGCUCUAGUCACUUACGGCAGUGAACCUCGACUAGUCUUUGAUCUCAAUCAUUCCAAGGUCAACCACACGUACCAGACUACAGUACAAAAUGAUAUUAAGCACUUACCUCGGUAUCUAUCGUUGCUGCACGGAAGAACAGCUACAGGGGAUGCGCUGCAGUUUGCAGCAGAUCGCGUCUUACAGGAAAGAUAUGGCAUGAGAAGUUACAGCAAUCGUACGAUUUUGCUUCUGACUGACGGAAAAUCGAACAGAGGAAGAGACCCUGUUGAAGUUGCAAACCGCUUGUACAGUCAGUACGAACAUCUUUCAAUUGUGGCAUUGGGAAUCGGGGACAAAAUAGAUUAUGACGAACUGGAAAAUGUGACAAAUCAUCACAAGGGACUAGAAAAUUUGCUCGUGCUUUACCUUCAUAGCCACGAAGACUUUACAACGAUUGUUAACGAAAUCAUCAAACUCUUACAACGAGGACAGAGCAAAUGUGAGAUAAGCCUGUUGGAUAAAAGACGCAAGUGAUAAAGAUACCAGUUGCAUUCUAGCCGUUUGAGUAUCAGAAAGAACAAACGAUUGAUUUCUGCUUUGUUUGUAACACCGCAUUAGCUGUCUAGUGAAUAUAACAA